AUGAACAAAUUAACAAUCUUUAUGUUGGUUGCCAUUGUUACCAUGCUCUUUGUAUCUUCCAGUGUACUAGCCGAAAUCAAUCAAAACAAUAGUGAAAAAUGCAGUGAUUUCUCAGUCUCUGUCUCUGUCGCCACUGCAAUUGAUGAAAACAAUGAAAGUUGA